AUGGAGUGGACCCCUCGUGACGUGCAGCCCGGUCGCGCCCCAGCAGGUGGCGGUGUGUGGCAGUGCGCUGCGGGGCAGAAGAAGAGCGGUCCUCGUGGAGCCAUGGAGCGUCUGCGGGUGUUGGAGCUCUACAGCGGGAUAGGAGGCAUGCACUACGCGCUGAAAGAGAGCGGCAUACCUGCCCAGGUGGUGGCCGCCAUCGACAUCAACACGACGGCCAAUCAAAUCUACAGGCACAACUUCCCCGACACCCCCCUCUGGAACAAGACCAUUGAGGGCAUCACUCUGGAUGACUUUGAUAAAUUACCCGUGGACAUGAUCGUGAUGAGCCCUCCAUGCCAGCCUUUCACCAGGGUUGGACUUCAGGGGGACAUCGCCGACUCCAGAACCAAGAGCUUCCUCCACAUCCUCCACCUUCUGCCCAGGCUGUGCCGGCGGCCCCGCUUCAUCCUGCUGGAGAAUGUGAAGGGCUUCGAGGUGUCCUCUGCCAGGGAGCGCUUGGUGAAGACACUCAUGGAAUGCGGCUACACUUUCCAGGAAACCAUGAUCUCACCCACAAGCGUCGGGAUCCCAAAUUCCAGACUGCGUUAUUUCCUCACUGCGAAGUUGUCAGCAGCAGAUGAAAGCAGCCAGAUUUCAAAGAUUCCAGAGGCCUUCCCACAUCCUGCUGGUGCUUCUCCUCACCAGCACACAGUCGCCUCGAGUCCUCCCAGUACAGAAGAGGACAGGCAGGGGGGUCAUGUGCUCUACAAGCAAGAGACAGAGAGGGAGGCCCAGAGGAAGACCAGUCAGAACCAGGACCUGUCCGUCAGGAGGAUCCAGGACUUCUUGGAACCGCCAGGGGACGUGAACAUGGAGCACUACCUCCUGCCCCCCAACACCCUGCUGAGAUAUUCUAUGCUGUUGGACAUUGUUCAGCCCACCUGCAGGAGGUCCGUGUGCUUCACUAAAGGAUACGGGCGCUACGUGGAGGGGACGGGCUCCGUGCUGCAGUGCUGCGUGGAGACGGAGGUGGAGAGCGUGUACGCAGGUCUGGACCAGUUGUCUGAAGAUGACAAACUCCAGCAGCUGCUGAAGCUCAAGCUGCGUUACUUUAGCCCCCGAGAGGUGGCCAACCUCAUGGGCUUCCCUCAGAGCUUCACCUUCCCGCAGCAGAUCAGCACCAAGCAGCAGUACAGAGUUCUGGGAAACAGCCUCAACGUGGUGGUGGUGACCCGGCUGCUCCAACUGCUCGUCUCCUAGCACCUUGAGCCCUUCAGAGGAGGAGAGCAUCCUACGGCCAUGGAGGAGUCCUCAUGGACCGUCUGUAACGCCUCAUCUAACCAGGAGCCAUGAAGGAGGACAACGCAGCACUGUUGUUCUGGACCUCGUGGUGGCACAUCGCUGCUCUCAGGCCGCGUGGGUGGGACCCAAUAAGACCUCAGGAAGACCCAUCAGAGACCAGGAGUCCUUGUCCUCGUGUGUCCUGGUAAAGGUUCUGUUCACGUGUGAAGAUUAGCUGGCUAAACCAGAACCGUUCAUUACACUAAUCUAGAAACCCGACUGCCAUCAAUGGUUAUUUAUCGUAAACAGAAUUCUCGAAUAAAAGAAUCCGUGGAGUC